GGGGUAUAAAAUUGAACAUAAUUUUAGCCAUAUUGAACCAGGUUAUGGAUUUACAAGCUACUAUUAGUAAUUUCAAGGCUCUAGCUAAAGAGGAGGAUCAUAAACCUCAGAAAAAUCCAGUACUUCAAACCUAUGUUUUACAGAAUAAGAAAUUUGCGAAAACAAUUAGAGAGGUGGAACAUUUAAAAUAGACAAUUUCAGACCCAAAGUGCUCUUAUCGCUAACCAGCAAAGGUUAAUUAAUGACUGCAUGACCUUGGCUGCAUACAAAACUCACAGUAAAUUGUUCGAAAAAGACUUUGAAAAGUCAAUAAAAUAACAAAAUUGAUGUUUUCCGAGGCCAGGUUCUAAAAGAAAUUCCUGAUAGUAAAGACAUUAAAGUUUUUGGAAAACCCCUGGAAGAGUACUUUGAGCAAUACAACAAUAUCUUUCAACAAGUGAAUCGUAUGCAGUUGGACAUCUACGAUCUCAAACAACAGCUUAAAAUGAAAGCUGAUGAGAAGUUACAGAUGCCUUCAGCAUCAGAAGCUGAACUGUUCAGGCUUGGGGAGAUAAAAGCAGAUAAAUCUGAAAUUGAAGCCUUAAGGCAAGAAAUAGACAGACUCGAACAAAUGAUGGUAGAAGUGGAAGGAGAGUACGACGAAUCUUAUGACGAGUACGACGAUGAGGACAGUGAGGUAGAAGACGUCAUCUCCUUAGACGAAGCUGGUAUUUCGAAUCAUGAUAAAGAGGACAAUGAUGAGGAAGAUUUCUUUGAUGAAUCCCAGAAUUCUCAAGAUCCUAAUAAAGCAAUAGCUGAAAAAGUCAAGAAUUUAACAAAACAGAAUUUUGCACAAGGUGCUAUUUUUGAACCAUCUGCUAAGUUAGGUGAGAAAGAUGAGAAAGCUAAAGAGGAGGAAAAGGGGAAACAAGAGAAAGAGCUAAAAGAAAAAGAAGCCAAAAAGGAAGAAGAAAUUAAAGUAAAUGAAGACUUGCCUGUAGAAGAAGAGAAGAAGGAACCAAAGAAGAUAGAUGAUAAGACAACUAAAGAUCCUUCUAAGAAAUCUGAGGACAAAAAGCGCAAGAGUUCAAAUGCUAUAGAUUGUGCUGAGACAAACCAUAGCCUAGGCCAAACAAUGAAUAAUUUCAAUCAGAAGCCUAUCAAUAAAGAUAAAAUUAAGUCUCAGUCUACUAUGAAAUCAAGAGGAGGGAGGCUAAAUAGGAUGACUUCGAAGCUGUCAAUCGCCACUCGCAAGAUGAGGGGUAGCAGGAAAGGAGGAAAUCAUAAAGAAGUAAACGAACUCAAAUUAAACAUCAAGAAGCUUCAAGAAGAUGUUCAAAGACUUAACAAAUUUGAAAACGAAUCUGCUGUUACUUCCAGACGCUUUGAAAGCACUCUAGUCGAUCUUAAAAAGAAGAACGAUUUAUUCGUUAAUCAGCAUAACAAAAUUCUCAAAAAGCAGGAAGAGAUGGAGAAUCAGCAUUCUUCAGCCUUGGAAAAUAUCAAGAAGGAAACUUUAAAAGUGGUUAAAAUUCAUAAGGAUAUCAAGAAGCUCAUCUCUGAUUUUAAGGCCGAAUACCGCUACGGGUUCAAGAAGAUCAUAAAGGCGGAGGUAGACAUUAAUUUCUUGCUCCAGCAAAUGAAGUUUAUUAAAACAAAAAUAAAGCCGAAAGAUGAAGAGAAACUAGAUAAAAAUAAACUUCUUGGAGAAAUUGAUGGCAAAUUUGAAUUACUCUAUGGGCAAGUUUCGGAAAUGGCAACAGAGCAAGCUUUCUUUAACUCAAGCCUACAAAAAGAGCAUGAGAAUUUGAAGGAGCCUAUUAAAAAUGAAAUUAGCAAAAUCCGUGAGGAGAGUAAUAUUAUGUUAAGAGAAUUGGAGAGAACUCAAAAUAAUCACCGAGAAAUUCUUAAUUCUAAGAUGAAUAUGAGCAUUAAUUUAGAGACUCCAGGGAAAAGAUUGACUAAGAGAAAUCUUAGGCAUUCAACACCAGUGAAUCACUCUAGCGCUUCAAUAAACUUGAGAAAAUUCAAUGCAUCUGCUCAAAAACAGUUAGAUUUUGACUUCUUCUACUCAAAUAAAUCUAAUGGGGCUAUUAAUAAUAAAAAGGGAAAUUCCAUCCAUCUCAUGAAUUUUACACCGAACAUAAAGAUGACUCCAAAUCAUUCAGGAAUAGAUAAAAGGCUGAAAAGCCUUGAGAAACAGAGAAGGAAAAUAGGUACAACACUAAGCACUCCUAAGUAUAAUCGAUUUAAGCCUUCACAGUGCUAAUUAUAUUUCAAUAAA